AUGGUAUCCAGUGAUAUUCAAAUUGACGUUUCAGACUUUGUUGAAGCACCAGAAGGACAGACUUUGGGAUUCUCGGAUGAGAAACAACAGGCAAACUUUGAGCUGGGAGUUUCAAUGGUGAUACACUCAUGGGAGAUUCUCAACAUUGCCGUUGUUAACGGAUGGGGUGGGCCAAAAUCAAGCGAUAAGAGAGACUGGAUCAGUGAUAUCGUUGUUGAUCUCUUCAAAGGUCCAGUUGUUGAUAUCGAACUCAUCGAGGAGACAAUAUUGAAUGCCAUGCUUGACGAAUUCGACGUUAAUGUUGAAGAUGAGUCUUCUUUACCUAUAGCUGCAAAGGUCAUCGGCAUAUAUAGACAAGUAGCAUCUGGUGAUUACUCCACUGUACGCUCUAUGUAUGAGCAGUGGAAGCAGAAAGGUACGCAGAAGGAACAGUACCAAGUACAAAUCCAAGAAGACCCUGAGAACCCAGGUGUAAGUGAUAACGAUGACGACGACGAUGACGAGGAAGACGACGAAGUGGAACUCGUGGCAGAACAAAUGGAUAUCGACGCUCCUCAGGAACCACAGGGGCCUAUAGUGGAUGACGAUGGUUUUGAACUAGUGCAGAAGAAAGGUAGAAGAAGACACUAA